UGCUUUAGUUUCUCAAUAGCGACCGGAGGAGGUGGACGAGUGUCGCGCGCGCCUUCUACCUCCCUUGAAACUCGUACAACGUAUUGCAAACUAAAUGUGCAUUUAACUGUACGGAUCUGUAUUUAUGAAUUAUAAUGUGUAGAAUGCAGUGUGUGUUGGCGUUACUCGCGCUCUCCGUGGGGUUGGCACACUCCUGGGACAUCGCCGUGACAACAGGAGAUCAACUUGAAUUUUAUACCAAUGGAACCAAAACUCACAAUGAAGAUGUUCAGUUUAGAGACCUCACGGCCUUAGCUUACGAUGCCGUUCACAACAUGCUGUUGUUUGUCGACAAACAGAGCGACAACGCUUCCAUAUUUAGCUUUAGCAUAUCUAACAACAAAACACAAUCUUUGGUGAGAAAGAAAGCAUACGAGAACAUCCAGGGUCUCGCCUUCGAUCCAGUUAAAGGAUUGCUCUUCUGGACUGACACAAAAGAGAGGAGCAUAUACUGGAUUUCACUAAAACCGGGAUCAAAGAACAAUGUCUAUGGAAAUCUAUUGAUUAAGAUGGAUGACGAGAUCCCUAGGGCUAUUGCUGUGGACAGCUGCAGAGGGUAUAUUUACUGGACCAACACUAACACUACGAAGCCCACAAUAGAAAGAGCGCGUUUCAAUGGCUCGGAGAGGGAAGUUGUAGUCGACACUAACAUGUUCAUGCCAGUUGCCCUGACCAUUGAUCAGCAAACAAGAAAAUUGUACUGGGCUGAUGACAGGGAAGGCAUACACUAUUCGAUUGAAAGUUCAGAUUUGAACGGAAAGGAUAGAAAGACUUUAUUACUUGGCAUUCAUCAUCAGCCAAACGCAUUAACGGUGUCUAAAGACUCUAUUUAUUGGGUAGAUUGGGACUACAGGUCCGUUUGGCAAAUAUCAAAGUACUCAGAAGGAGAAACGGAACCGAAACAGAUUAGUAACUUCAAUAACGAAAUCACCUUCGGUAUCGCUGCCAACUAUAAAAUUGAAGACCAAACUCAGGGGAUUGAAGAGUGCAGAGAACUGGCGAGUUUGCCCCGUAAUGACUCGACAAUCAGUGACUCUAUCAACAUUCCCACAGAUGUGGGCCUUUUCUGCGUCCAUGGUGUUAAAGUUAAUGGCAAAUAUGUUUGCAAAUGCACUCCAGGCUAUACCGGCGAAAGAUGCGACAUCUCAGUCUGUCAGAACUACUGUUUCCAAGGAGACUGUAGCGUUGAUGCCGUGGGACAACCUAAAUGCAGAUGUAACGCUGGUUAUUCCGGGGAAAGGUGUGAGGUCAACGCGUGCCAUGGUUACUGUCUAAACAACGGACUGUGUUCACUGGAUGACAAGAGCGAGCCUGAAUGUCAAUGCAUAGGAGAUUAUGAGGGUUCUAGAUGUGAGGCAGCUAAGGUGUUCACAACUACCACUGAGAGCGUUGUCGUCAGUCCUUCUACAACUGUGGCGCCAGUCAAAGUUGAAACGAAUGAAAGUUGCCAGUGUAACAACACUCAACCGAUCCCUAGGUUGGCAAAAGAUGUCACUACAGAUGAUUUAAUUUCGGAGAAUGUUAUAAAAAGCUGUGAUGAUGGUUGGGACCCAGUUAGGGACCCAGUCAUCAUAAUGCUGGGCGUUCUCUGUGGCUUACUUUGUUUGGCUUGCGCGGUACUCAUUACCAAAGUCCUGCACUUGAGAAGGAGGCCAAGGAUUAAGAAGCGUAUCAUCGUGAACAAAAAUGUAACACCAAUGACUGCACGGCCCGACCAGUGCGAGAUCACCAUUGAAAACUGUUGUAACAUGAAUAUCUGUGAAACUGUUGAUAAUGCUUGGGCAAGUCAACCGCAAUGAGUUUGGUCUGAGCAGACUCCAUGUUUCGAACCAAGAUCAACGAUACGACCAACUUUACUAGAUUCUAAACCCGGCAAGGAAGAAAAGAAGAAUUUGAUUGCAAACAUGGAGUAUCCAGACGACCCUUACUAACAUCUAUGGAUUUGUUUUGAGUGGCGUACAAUACUUUGGCUAUAACACUAAGGCACAAUAUUCAUAAGGAUUUAUUCGGGUAAAAUGUACUUAUUUAUUUUAUACGUUUUAUCUUGGUAUGAAAGAAAUCAUGGCAUAAAAAAGUUUGGCCACUUUUUUAUAAUCAGGCUGUGAUGUUACGGGUGCUAAAGAAAUUGCUAGUGUGGAAAUUACUGUAUUCAAAGCAAAAAGUCGCAUUCACUACAAAAAAGUUAUGUACAGGCUGUUAUAUUUUACCACUACUUGUAAUUGGACGUAAACUGGUGUAAGUGACAAGCAGGAAUAUAAAAUACUUUUUAUCAAUGAAAGUUUGUCCAAACCGGAUAUUCCCUAUGGUAUUGUGCCAAAGGUUUACAUAUAUGUGAUAUUUGAUUAAGGGUUGAGUAAAAGACACUAACAAACGAUUACAUUAAUCUUUGUGCGUGCUCUAAGGGCUGUGUAUGAUUGCUAAAAUCUGAGUGCAUGGAAACUAGAUUUUAGGUGUUAUAUUAUUUAUUCGGUUGCAGUGGGAUCAGGCAUAUCGUAAUACGUAAACCUUGAGGAUCUUUGCUGAAAUUCACAUAUUUUGGUACAUGUUUUUUUUCGUUAGCGUUCACAAGGUGCCUUCCUGUUAACUUAGUGCUUUACGACGAUAGCAUAUCCAUGAUUAAGUUCACACAUGUUGCCGAAACAUGCUGAUUUUAGCAGCGAUCCUACCGAAAUAGGCAUUUGAGUCGAUUUUUCGUUAUUUCCUGUUUUAUCAUUUCGGUAAACACUUGCUAUAUUUUAGUUCAUUGUAUCGAAAAAGUUUACUUAUGUCGGUUUCUACGUUCUUUUCUUAUUUGAUUAAGUUUUAGCGACUUUGUGCCAAAGCUAAUAUUUUUCGUAUAACGAAUUGGUUGCUUCCUUAUGCGAUUUAUUAAAGAAAAUAUAAUCGGCAACGCCAAACGAUAACGUGAAAUGGUCUCGAUAUAAAAUAUAACGUAGCAUUUAUAAAGAAAUAAAAAUAGUGUACUAUUUGUACAGAUUUUUGUUAUUAUUUUGUACUGUUACCAAAUUAUUGUUUAAUCAUAAUCAUUAUUAUGGACAUUUUUAUUUAAUAAUAUUAUAAUUUUUUGAUUAUUUUCGAUAUGGCAUUGUAAGAAUUCUUUGAAAAUCAUCAAAAAAAAAUACUGCAUGGGUUGUAUUGUACGUCUUUAAGAAUUGUUUGAGACUUAAAUGUUUAACGUCUUAUUCCGUUUCUGUGUUCAAAUAUUUUAACCACCAAUGUGUCAUCAAGUCAUCACUCUGUAGCUUGUAGCAGUUUUCUGCACACAAUGGCCCAAAUUAGUUUUUCAACUAAUUGAGCUGAAGAUUCAUAACAAAAUGUGUUCUUCCAUAAUGAUGAAAGUACUGCGAUUGUUGACUAUUUAUAAUCUUAACAAAAUGUGCGAACAAUACUGUUUUUAUAAAGAGAAUGAUCUUUGCUAAUUUUCAUGAGCUUAGGCAAUUAUGACAAAUCUGUAAAAACUAUAUUGACUGUGAAAAUUAUUUAGGAUCAUCUCAAUCAGUGUUAUUGAAUGUCCCUAUCUGCUAAUAACCGUCAAAUAUAAGUUCUUAAUGAAUAUUUAAUUUCCAAAUAUUAUUAACGCAGAGUUUGAAAGUUAUGGUAGAAACGGGGACGUCUGAAAGGUUGUUCAUUUAGUUUGUAAUCAUCAUAUGAAUUUAACUAUAUCAACUGCUCGCAAUCAUUAUCCUUUGCCAAAAAACUUAAAUCUUAAAUGUAUAAUCAUGUACCAGUUUUAAUGUCGUUGUAAGCAGUGUGAAAUAGUUUUAUUUCAUGAUUUUUAGCGCGGUGCCUCACUUCUCGAGUUAAUGUUAGCUACACUGGGCUAUGGACUUUUAUCGGCUCUUUUAUAAUUUUUAUAGAGGACGCAGGCAUGGUACGAUAUACCAUUAAGAAGUUUUGUUAGUGAGUUGCCGAUAAGUCCGUAGUCCCAAGUUCAAGCCUCAAAUCGUUGUGAACGAUUGAACCAUUUUUAGGCUUUUAGUGUAAGAAUUUGCGUUCCUAUAGGUAAUUCUAAAAAACAAUAUUUAUCAGAGUACCUCAAUAUAGAUAAUUUAUUUUAAAAAUAUUUAUGCAAAUUAGUGACAACGUUUUGUGCACUUACAUAGAAGAUAUAUAAUUUUUCGGCUAUUAAGUACUUAUUUAUUUGUUCUUGACUGUACUUGUUUACUAGAUUAUUGUUUUGGCCUAGAAUCUCAAGUUACUUAAAAUUGUAUCGUACUUACCGCAAUUAGGUACCUAUGAAACUAAGUUUGUUUCUGUUAAUCAGAAGAUAACACGUGCACAAUUUAGUGUUGUACUUAACAUUCUAGAAUAUAGACUAUACUUGCCAAGUUACUAAUUUGCCUCUAUUAUGAUUUAGUUUCCUCGCAGCUUACCUUAUGAAGAGGCACCUCUACUUAAUAAACCCUAUAUUGGUGGUACUUAGCUAAGUAGUUAGACAAUUUAGAAAUUACUUUGUUAGUGUUAGUUUUAGCUGUGGAUUGAUAAUAUCCACAUCAGAAAUGUGAUAUUAUUGAGUCUUGGUAUAAGCAUAUAUUAGUGAAUAUUGUGAUUAAUAGUAAUAUUAAAUUAAAGAGCUUGCAUAAA